AUGAGUUUCUAAAGACCACCAACUUCCACAACUAGAGAUGUUUCUUCAAGUGUUUUUGGAUAAAGUCACAUAGAAUGGCAUUCUCCUAAUAAAGACAUAGAUUGGAAUCAAGAAAAAUAUAUGAGAUAAGUGAAUGAGAUUAUAAUCGAAUGUAAAAAUAAAUAUUCUAUUUAUAUUAGAGAGUGAAUCACCAAUUUAAGAGAAACAACGAUAAAAUCAAGUUUAGUAAUAUAAAUUGAUAAGUUAUGCUGAAAUUAUUCAAGUAUUUAGAUUAAACGAAGGUUAAUAUUCAGUUCGAAAUAAAUCAAAAUGUUCAUGCUAUGGAUUUUCAUCAAGUAUAUCAACAACUGAUUAAGUUAAAUAAAAGUUCAUUCAUUUAGGAAUGGAUUAGUUAAAUCUCAAAAAUGAAAAUCAUAGAAAUACAGUUUAUUCUAUACAUUAUAUUUUGAAUAAUACUGAAAAGGCUAAUGAGAAUUAGUUAAAGAUGAUAACAAAACAUGCUUCAAAAUAUUUUUAGUUAAUGCAAUUUCUAUCUUGUUUAGAAUUUGAAACACCACUAUUUUAAUUAUUAUAUAAAGAAUCAGGUGAAUUAAUAAUAUAAUUAGUAAUGAAUGUAGGUGAAAUAGUAUUUGAAUAAUUAAUGAGUAAUAAAUUAAACAAAUUAAUCUAAAAAGAAUAAUCUCAUUUACUACAUAAUAUACUAAGGAAUUAUCAAACUAGUCUCAUUUUCCAUAUAUACAAAGAAAUUAAAAUAUCAAAUCCUCCUUCACUUUAAUAUUUAUUAAAAUAAUAUGAAAAAUCUGAUCCUAAUCUUUAUUAUUACUAAUAUAUCAAAUAGAAAUAAUAUAAUAAUAAUAAUCUAUUCUCAGAUUGA